UAACGAAGAUGUGUAGAAACGAGAUUGGGGUACUUUUCCCGAAAUUUCAUGGAUGGGAAAAAAAAAUGAAAAGAAGAUAAACCAACAUAGCCAACAUCAAAUAAAUUCAAAUUUUCAAAUCAGAAUUUAGUAUUCCUAAACAUGCACCACCUUGUAAUACAAAAUCAAUAAUGACGUAUUUAUGUAUUCAAAAUUCCCGCCUUUUUGUAUUUUCUAAUUAUUUUUGUAUUUGUAACGGUUUUUGCGAGAAGGAGACGUUUUUCACUUUCAGACGCUUCAAUUUUCUGUUAAUAAUGAUGAACAACGAGGAAAUUGUUGAGGAAAUUGUUGUUCUCCCACAUCAUUUGAUGGACCACGACUACUUCCUGCCAAUUGUUUAUGAAGAUGAUGAGAUAGUCCGUGAAGAAGAAGUUGAGAUAUUUGAGGAAGAAGAGGUUGAGAUAUUUGAGGAAGAAGAGGUUGAGAUAUUUGAGGAAGAAGAACAAGGAAUUUCAGAAACAUAUACUUUGAUUCCUGGAGUUCAUAAUAAAUCAAGAAUAUAUGUAGAUAAUCUGGGAUUCAAGUAUUACAAACGACAAGUUAAAGGACAACGCGUGUAUUUAGUAUGUGAACGGCAGAAGAAACGGGACCAGUUCUGUCCUUCCACCGCAAUAGUAAGUACAAAUGUGAAUGACAAUAGAAUACAUCUAGGAUUUCACCACAACCACCAGCCUGGAGUGAUUGACCUGAAUGUGCCAUUUUUAAGAGAGGCUAUUGGCGAAAGAGGAAUUGAUCCAGCAGUUACUACCUCAUUUAUGAGAACUUUAUACAAUAAUGAAAUUAUCAACCAUCCGGAAGCAGCUCCCAAUUACACAUUCAUUCAGGCUCAAGAACGAGUGAAAAAGAUGAGACGUCGAAGAUUUCCAGGACAGCCCCUUGACAUUGGACAACUUGCAGCUGCGCUGAAUGAAGACCGUAAUGCCAUUUAUGCUUCUACAGCUCAAAAUCCUCCAUCUAGGUUCUUUCAACAAACCUUAGUCGUCGAUGGAAGGAAUGUUGGUGUGAUCUUUGCCAACACAGAUGCAUUUGACAUAUACAGGGAAGAAUUGGGUACUGUCACAUUGGUUGGGAUUGAUGCGACGUUCAAAACUGUGCCUCGUGUUCCAGCAGAUUUGAAAUGUUUCCUUACCAUCCAGGUUGUUUUCAAAAGUGUUUCCUUUCCAAUGGUUUAUGCUCUACUGGGAAGUAUGACUGAAGAAGUUUAUGCGGCUCUAUUUGAAAUUGUAAGAAAUAUUUUGCCUUUAAAUUAUCAACGUGUUUGUUUUAUCACAGAUUAUGAAAAAGCUCUAAUGUCAGCUGUCCAGCAAUCAUUUCCUGAAAGCCAAUUAAGAUGCUGUUGGUUCCAUUUUACACAAUCAAUUGUACGGUAUUGUCACCGAAAGAUGAACAGCGUUUUGAAUUUAGUCCGUACAAACCCAGUAGCAGCUCGAAUUUUCAGAAUGGUGUUGGCAUUACCUCAUCUACCCGCUGCUAGGAAUGACCCACGCUGUCCACAGUUUUCUAUGGCUGAUGGUUUCAGUGCUAUCAUGCGCUAUACAAGACAGUUUCCUGUGAUUGAACGAGGUAUGAGAAAUUUUUUAAUUGGGUAUGUGGAGUGUUUUUGGUUGUUACAGGUUGGUCCAGCUUUAAUCAGUGUUUUUGGAGAAGAAUACAGAACCAACAAUUAUUUGGAGUCUUUCCAUGCUACACUUCUAACUCAAAUGCAAAGACACCCUAAUAUAUGGAAUUUUCUUCAGAAACUGACUGUCAUUGAAAACCAGUAUUUUGUUGAAUUUGACCAAGCCAGAAGAAACCUCAGGAUCAGAGAUGGAGCAUCAAGAAGGGAACGAGAGAACACUACCAUUGUUUUAGCAGGGUUUGUGGAACAACUCAACAGAGAUGAAGACCUCAUUGGAUUUUUGAGAAGGGCUGGACAUCGUAAUGAUGCAUAUGUACAAGGCAUAUUUGGACCAUAUCCACAGGAUCAGUAAGUUGCAUUUUUUAUGUUUAGCAUAAUGUUAACAUGGUGAGUUAUAUUUUUCCUUUUUAUGGAAUACAUUUAUUUUUUUUAUAAAAUUUAU